AUGAAUAAGAAACGCUUGAGACGUGCUAGACGUGAAGAGCAGAAAAUUCUGAGACAAGAUCGAUAUGGAGUGAUGAACAGAGUCUAUUACAAGGAUGCACACGGUGCCGUUGUUGUUGUCGAUGGCACAAGAGAGCGAACAAAGGAAGGUGCAGUAAGGUGGAAAAAUGAUUUGGAUCAAAAAGUGGUGCUACAAGACGGAGGCCAAAUACCGGCUGUUCUCGUCAUUAACAAGUGUGACCUGGACGUGACUAUAAAGGACAGCGAAAUCAAAGAUUUCAAGGAACAGAAUGGAUUUAUUGAAGUGAUCAAAGCUUCGGCUAAAGAGAAUUAUGGAAUUGAAGAAGCUCUCAAUACGGUUAUGAAAAAGAUCUUAGCGAAUGAGAUGAAUGGUCAGUACGAUGUGCCAUUUGCUAGCCUAGAAGGUCAUGUACGGUUGGAAAAUAACACGCGGCAACAGAACAAGAAACGUUUUGGAUGUUGUUGAUUCACUAUGGUAUCUUACAUAAGCUGUAUAUUCCCAUAGAUCUCGAUGCUUCGGAUAUAAACUUUAUGAUAUAACCCAUUCUCAACAAGGUAAUAAAUCAUUUCGAUCUCCUUGAAGAUAGUGUUUACUCUCAGCCUAUGGGAAUAAAACUCGAAAACUUG